AUGGUUUCAUUAAAAGUUGAUACUAAUCCAGAUUUUAAAGGUAGAUUAAUAGAACAAGAUAUAUUAGAUCAAUCUGGUUCUCAACCAAUUUAUUUAUCAAGAAUUGAAAUUAAUGGUGGUGAAACUUUUAGUUACCAGUUCUUUAAUAAAUUAUUAUCACCAUUAGUUGAUAAUAGUGAUUAUACAUUUUCACAAUUAGUUACAAAUAUACAAUCAACUAGAUCUAAUUUAUUAAAUACUGGAGUUUUUAAAAAUGUUGAUGUUAAUUUACAGCCAGAUUAUUUUAUAAAUUAUCCACAACAAAUUAAAUCUUAUAAUAAUGAAAAAUCAAUACCAACUAAAUUAACAUUUGAUUUAUCAUCAAUAAAUUUAAAUAUUAAUGAAGGUUUCUUUAAUUUUAAUAAUGAAGAAAUGUUAAAUUUGAAUUUAAAUCAUUUAAAUAAUAAUUUUAAUGAAAAUGCAGAAUUGGUUUCAAUUGGUGUGGAUUAUAAUCCUUAUAAACCAUAUGAUGUAUUAUUAACAAAUGGGAAAUUUAUAUCGAGUUUGAAAAAUCCAUUAUUCAAAUUUUUAAUAGAUUUAAAUGUUGGUCAAUCAAAUAAUUUAAAUUGGGGGAAUUUUAAAUCUAAAAUAUUAAGUGGUAAAUUGGGUUUAUUAUAUAAAAAAGAACAAUUUGAUAUAUUUAAUGGAUUUCAAAUUAAUAAAAAGAAUUUAUAUGAUAUUGAAGAUGAUGAUAUAAAAUUCUUUACUGGUGAUUUUUUAAAAACUUCAGUUUUGAAUAAUGUAAAUUAUUCAAAUGUUUCAUAUAUUAACACUCUUACCAAAAACUUCCCAACUAACGGAAUUAAAUUCAACAUUAAUAUUGAAUUAUCAUCUAUUCAAGAAAAUUCAAAUAAUUUAAAUGGAGGUGAAUUUUUCAAAUCAAGUAUAAAUGCAAAUAUUUAUAAAAGUUUAUUUAACAAUCUUUUAACAACUCAUUUUGAAACUGAUUUUGGUUUCAUAUAUUCAUUUUCAAAAUUCCCGAUCCAUCCAACUGAUAAAUUUUAUCUUGGUGGAUUUAAUUCAUUUAUUGGAUUUAAUAAAAAUUCAGUCGAACCAAAAGGUGGUUUACAAUUUUAUAAAGUUCAGUCUACAUUUUAUACUAAAGUUCCAUCAUUAUUGUAUAAAGCAAAUGGUUUCGCACAUGAAGCCAAUCCAUUAAGAUUAUAUGCAACUGCAAUAAUUGGUAAUGUAUCAAAUAAUAUAUUUAAAGAUGAAUCUGGAGCAUUAAGUUAUGGUUUAGGUUUAAGAUAUUUUAAUCAUUGGGCAAAUUUUGAUCUUGGUUAUUAUAUAAGUAAUAGGUUUGGUUAUCAACAAGACAAUACUCAAGGUUUAAGAAAUGGUAUACAAUUUUCAAUAUCAAUUGGUGGUUCAAAUAGAAAUACAUAG